AUGGAAUUGCGGGAACUUCGAUCAUGUGACUUCCUUGCAAAGUUUGAUGCUUUGAGGGCGCUGGAUAAUGCAAUACGUGAAAGAAGUAUUUGCGUGUCGGCUUUUGUGGAUUCUUGCAGAGCCGGGGGCCAAGAGCUGGAUGAAAGAAGAAAAAAUGUAAACAAAAGGGUCAUACAAACCUCGGCAGCCGGCAUUGGAUCUGGGGGUUUGAUCAUUUUAGGAAUCAUACUUACUCCCAUUAGUUUUGGUGCAUCGUUAGUUGUAAGUUUCGCUGGAGCGGCUGUUGGUGUUGUUACUGGGGGUACAGCAGCAGGUGUAAGGACACAUGAAGCUGUGAAACAGAACUCUAAAAUUACUGACAUCAAGGCGGAACAAGAAGUUUUUCAGUCAAAGGAACAGAGAGUAGCUUCAAUGCUUAAAAAGGUUGAUGAGUAUUUCACAACAGAGAUUGCAAAUUCUAGCACUACGGACGCUGAAUGUCCCGGAAUAAGCAGACGCGGUUUUCUUGCUAUUGGAUCAGCUUUACGAGCUGGUAAGGGUGUAGCCGGUAUAAUUAUUGCAGCAGUUCGGGUAGGGACAACAGCCGCAACUAUAGCAGCAUCAGUUCUUGGACCUGUUUCCAUAGUGGCCGAUGUUGCAUUUCUAGCAGAAGCAGCACAUAAUAAACGCAAAGGGGAUAAAACAAACGCUGGUGAAAUGUUGCAGGAGAUGGCUGAAACAGUUGAUGUAAAGUGUGAAAAAUGUUAA